AUGUCAACGAACUUUAACUACAAGCAAGCUGUGGAGGAACUCAAAACCAACCCGUAUUUUGACAAAUAUUCAAAGAAGAUUGCAGCUCUUCAACAGACUUCCCCAGAAGAUUUUCUUUCUCGUUUGGAAACCGUGGAUAAAAGUAAAAAACCUCCAUCACCCACAAAGGAUUUAGAUUCUAGACCUGAGGUUUGUCAAGUUGGAGAACCAAAACCGUCAUCAACAUCAUUUACUAAAACAAAAGUUCUUGAUGAUGUCAUGAAGAUUGAAUUAGUUGAAGACAAAUCUCCCGACGAAAUCAAGGAUUUAUGGCUGGAGUACCAUAAAUCUAAGGACACCAUAGCCGCUGUGAUUCCUCCUGAGAAAUUCAAAAUUAUCUUGGAAAGAGGUGAGAAGUAUCAGCUAUUUUUGUUACCACUACCAAGAAAGCAGGGUUAUGAGUUCAUAGUUUGCCAGUUUGCUAGCAAUGAAGUCCAUUUCACACCAUUGAUCAGCUACCAAGCUCACAAAGAGAACGCUCCUGAAUGUUUAACUAUAAUCUACUUCCCAGAUCUUGAAGAAACAAAAGGAAUAGUCUUGAUGAAAGGAGAAUUCGACAAAAAUGUGAUAAAUGCCAUGGAGGCGCAGUGUCUAGCAAACCAGCUUCACCUUUACUACGGAGAAAAUAACGAGAAAAGAACAAAAUUACUGGAGAGAUUCACGAAUGACCCGCAAAGUUUCAGGCAUAUGGAUUUGAUUGCCGAAAUGGAAAACCUUACGUUUUAA